AUGACCAAAUCUCUAAGCCUUACGAUCUUGCUUUUCCUCUUGAUAGCUUCUAAUGUCCAUUCUGCUAGACAUCUCGACGAGAUCGAAAGUCAGCCGCAACUAGUCCCCGGCACCCAAAUCCCCUCGGUACCGGAUGAGGAGGAUGAUAGUCCACCAUCCGCAUCAACAACACCAACAACAACACAACCUCCUUUACCAAUUCCUCUUCCAGGACCCGCCACGGGUGGACACGUGCCGGUCCUAGAGUUUUUUAUGCACGACGUGCUAGGCGGGUCACACCCGUCAGCACGUGUGGUCACAGGGAUAGUAGCACAAACAGAAGUAAACGGAAUACCAUUUUCUAAAUCCAGCAACAAUAUUUUCCCAGUAGAUAACGCUGUACCGCUUGUUAAUGCAAACAAUAUCAACAAUUUAAUCAACCCAAACACUGCUCCUCUCCUCACAGGACUCAGUGGCUCUCAAGCCAGCACCGUUAUCCAAAACACUAACGGUAACUCCCAAGGAUCCCUCAGUUCCAACAACCUCCCUUUUGUAACCGCGGGUCAACUCCCUCCCAUAGCUGCCCUCCAGCAUCUCAUGUUUGGCACCAUAACGGUGGUCGAUGAUGAGCUCACCGAGGGCCAUGAGUUGGGCUCUGCGAUUAUUGGCAGAGCCCAAGGGUUUUACCUAGCUAGUUCCUUGGAUGGAACUAGCCAGACCCUUUCUUUGACUGUGUUGUUCCACGGAGAGCAUGAUCAUCAUGACACUCUAGAUGAUGCCAUCAGCUUCUUUGGGGUGCACCGAACCGCUUCUCAUGCCUCGCAUAUUGCUGUUGUGGGUGGAACUGGGAAAUUCGAGCAUGCUAAAGGGUACGCUGUUGUGGAGACUCUUCACAACCAGGAAGACCAACAUGUCACUGAUGGUCAUGAUACCAUUCUCCAUUUCAGCAUUUAUCUUACAUACUACAAAGCUUGA